CGGCCCUCAUUCCAUUGACCAUUCAUACUGAGAAGGUGAAUCCGGCGUCUGGGGGACUUCUCUGUCUGUCUGCUGGCAACCUGAUCGACUAGCAUCACCAACGCCCAUAAAGUAGCAAUAUCCAGGAAAUAAACCUAGCUGCUAGAGGAAGAGCUGUCUUUUUCCGCUACAUUGUUCCAGUGCAGUGGUCGUGAUUUUGGACUGAAGCCUAUUGUAUAACGUUAUCAGUUUUAAUUCUCUGACGCAUAUCAUCAACAGCACAAGUUAUCUGCUUUAUUACUGUAUAGCAGCUCUGCCUGAAUUGGACUGACACAGCGUUGACUUCGACUGUUUGACUCCCGUCUAACGUUAUACAUAAAAUGGAAACCCAGAUCGAUAAAGAGGCUUGCAGAGAGGCUUACAACCAAGUCAGAGACGAUAACACGGACACCAAUUGGGCUGUGUUUAAAUAUGAGGGCUCUAUGAUCCUGCCUGCAGGGCAAGGGGCUGACUAUGAGGACUUCAAGAGGAUGUGCACAGAUGACGCUCGCCUGUUUGCCUUCAUCCGGAUCACAACGGGAGACGCCAUGAGCAAACGAGCCAAGUUCACUCUCAUCACCUGGAUUGGUGACAACAUUGGUGGGCUGCAGCGCGCCAAGGUCAGCACGGACAAGUCGCUGGUCAAGGAGAUCGUGCAGAACUUUGCCAAGGAGUUCGUGUUCAGUGACCCAAAGGAACUGGAUGCGGACUACAUCCGCACAGAGCUGAAGAAGGCUGGUGGAGCCAACUAUGAUGCUCAGGCCGAGUAGAGAUGUGCCACGGUCCACUGGAAGGGUUGGGGUUGGGAUCGGGGUGGGUCAGGUGUGGUCCGGGUGGGGUGUAGUGGAAUAAGCGGGGGCAGGGGCAGGGGGGGGGGGGGUUGUUGGGGCAGGGCUGCUACCUCUUGGGGAGAGGGCGAGGCAGGAUGGAGAGGGCGCUCGACGAAAGGGAAAUGCAUGCACAAACAGAGCAGAGGUGCACCAGGAGCAGUUUGUACAACCAAUGUAAGUCUUUCAAAUGUCAACCAAACACUGUUUAUGCUGCCUUAUAAUGGCCGAUAAGAAAACAGUAGCUCUCAUUAGUUUAACAGCUUAUCAAAUUACUCUCAACAACAGCUUCAGAAUAGAUAAAAACACAUUAGUGUAACUGUAGUUAUUGAAUGUAUUGGUAGUUUCCUGAAGUGCAGAUGCUGUUGGUGCGCCUCUAGAAUGAUAGCAUCUGCAUUAGGGCGUUUAUAUACUCGCUUUUUACUGUGCAUGUGUGACCUGCAUCAGUUUAUGUAUGUGAAAGAUCAAAAAGUACAUCCACAGAUUAUCUGGGGACAAAAUAUCCCUGGGCCACACUGGAAUACCUUCAGAUUGUGCACCUUUUAAAGACACCUUUUUGAUUUUUCCUGGAGUUAGAUGAGAAGAUUGAUAGCACUUCCUUGUCUCUAUGGUAUAUUUAUAGCUGGUAGUUUUAGCAGCUGAUUAGCUUAGCACAAAGACACAGGGAUCACUUCGUUUGUUUAUUCCAUACAAAAACUGAAGUGAAAAUAUGACACAGAAGAAAUAGAAGAAGAAAUAGUCCUGUAUGAUGAGAUGGCAGAUUGUCUUUUUUACACGUUUUUGUACCAAUGAAACAAAUCAGAUGCAAUGAAUUCAUUUGCAAGCUUUAGAGGGGCUGGUAGCUACAGUCUUUUUUUUUUUUUCACUUUUUGUCAGAGCCAGGCACCUAUUUUUAGUUUUUCUACUGAGCUAAACUAAUCAGCUGCUGGCUGUAGCUUUAUAUCGAACAGACCGAUAUGAGAGUGGUAUCAACUUUCUCAUGUGCCUAAAAGAAACACCAAGAAACUACUAAUUCAAGACUCUCUAAAAGAAGAAAGAUAGCAACCAUACACACACAUGCAGUUAAAAGCAAGUGUAUAAGCGCUCUUAAAGAUCACACACUGCCUUCUCUCCUCUCCUAGCCUCUGCCGUCUCCCCAGUCAGCUCAUGGUUGGUUAUCUACUGUGCUGUGCAUCAACAUCUCACACUCAUCCUCAUCUCAGCUGGGCUGCAGUUGAGCAAAAGGAAGUUACAUCGAGGCUUCAGUACUGUUUGCUAUAGGGAUAAUUUCAUGUAACGAGGAUGAGAAAGGGUUUCACUUCAAAAUGACACAUCAUAAAUCGUGGUUCAUGUCGUCAGAAUGAGUAUACUGAUGAAGAAUGAUGUGUCAUUUUGAAAGGAAACUUUUUUUUUUACUUGCAGACGUGUUUGACACCAGAGCAUGCUCUUAGUCAUGAUACACUGUACCUCCAGGAGGACGAGAUCUCCAUUUUCUAACAAUAUCCUUGGUGAUGGUUGCUGGAUUGCUUUGAGUAAUCCUGAGUCAUACUGCUAAGUACACAUUUAGCCACCUCUUCAUCUCUCGCCAGACAGCUGUGUUUGGAUUACAGCCUCAAAGUCAACCAUUACGUCUUGUCCUGAGGCGGACUGUAAAUGCUGUGUGCUUUGAAAGCCUUUUAUCACUAUUCCAAAUCAUUCUUUAUGUGACCUCUGGACCUUCUUUCAAUGUAGUUUUCACUUUCUCCUUGAUCUAUGUUAGCGGUCUUUAGAGCUGGGGCAGGAGUUUUAGAAGAGGAUAAAUAAUAAAAACAACUAAUAUAUGGACCACUUUACAGCUCUAAUAGUCAUGUAUUGAAUGUUUCCAAAAAUCUCAAAGGAUUCUGAGAAUGGAGAUCUUUGUCUCUGGUGUUUCAUCUCACGAUUGACCACUUUAAGAUAUCCAUGCCUACUGUAACCUACUGUGUUUGACUGCCUUAGCUUCCUAGGGAGAGAGGGGCAUCAUGGGAGCUUGUGAACACUACACUGUGAUUGGCUCUCGUCCUUACACGGGGGCGGGGAUUUGAUCUGCACGUGGCUUCUCACUACGUGGGCCUGGGCUUAUCAUCCCAGCCCGGGAGAAGCCAUUUCUCGGUUGUAGCAUCUCUUGUUUAUUUGGUUUCAGCCCUCUCUUCCCCCCUGCAAAAAAAGUGGAUGUUUUUCUUACCUUCGUUGUUUUUGAGAUGAAUUUUAUUUUCUCUGAAGAGUUUUACCUUUUGAUUUUAUUUGUAAGAGCAUUGUUAUCUUUGGUCAUUGGCAGAAGAGAUUUUCAAAAAAAUAAUGCAAAAAAGAAAAAGAAAGAAAAUUGAAGUUGGCACAAGAUCCGUCAUUUCAAAAUAAAAUUGAUGUUUUUUCCAUAA